AUGCCGCCAAAGCCAAAGGGUACAUCGCCCACCGUACGCAAACGCUACUGCGGCCUGGGCAAUCAUCAUCUGCGUCCGCCGCUUAAAACGAUCAGCGACGAAAGAAUACUCCGUUUUGCCAGACACAUAAAUAACGAAAUACGGAGGGCAACGCCGGUCUGCGGCAGCUGCUACGACACGUUGGUUAGUAUCUACCACAUCAAGGUGAGCCACGCGAUCGAUCUGCAAAAGGGCAAGAGGCGAGCGGCGGCGGCCAAUACUAAUUCCAUUUCGGAUGUGAGCAAUAGUCAACAGUUGCCAACCACAUCGGCCCCGCUGCAUUCGUCGUCGAGUUCUGUUUCCGCUUAUUCGACCACAGACACCACAGACAGCAGCAAUCUGCCCUCCACUUCGACGGCGAAGCGUAAGCGACACGAGCCACAGCCAACAAAUCCUGUCCAGCAAUCCACCUCCUCUGACGAUGAUGAGCAACUUUUAAGUCUGAAUGCUGUAAAUGGAACCCGUUUGCCAAAUGUUCAACCGAUUCCCAAGCGACGACAAUUUGUGAGUCUGAACAAGGAUGUUAUGGAUAUUUAUUUAAACGGCACCACGGGCGGAUAA